CCAAAAAUAGAAUUCACGCUUACAUAACAGUAACACGUUUGACUUUUGACUGAGAGUGAAUGCAAGACAACGAAUGAGAUAUGACAGGAAAAACUAUAAUUUGCAUGCUCCGAAAUGAUCUGAGACUCCACGACAACGAGGCAUUGCUAUGGGCAUUCAAAAAUGGAAGUCAGGUUUUGCCAAUCUACUGUUUUGAUCCAAGGCAUUACAGUGGAACAUACCAUUUUGGUUUUCCUAAAACAGGACCUCAUCGUCUGAAAUUUUUAUUAGAGUGUAUUCAAGAUUUAAGACAAAUACUUAAAUCUAGGGGCAGUGGAUUAAUUGUAAGAACUGGUAAGCCGGAAGAAGUAAUAACUGAUUUAAUACAGAAAAUUGGUAAAGAGUCCAUAGAUUCUCUGGUUUAUUCUGAAGAGAUUACGAAAGAAGAACUAGAUGUUGAAUCUUCUCUCAAGUCCAGUUGUGGAGUGAAAGUUAAAACAUUUUGGGAAAAUACUUUAUAUCAUCGUGAUGACUUACCAUUUCAUUAUAAACAAUUACCAGAUAUAUAUACUCAGUUUAGAAAGGUAGUUGAGUCUAAUGUACCUGUGAGAUCUGUUAUAUCAACACCAAGAGAACUUAAACCUUUACCGUCUGGUAUAGAGGAAGGAAAUAUACCAACUUCUGAAGAUCUAGGAGUCUCUAGUGUUCAUGCAGACAGUCGUACCGCCUUUCCUUAUAAAGGUGGUGAAUCUACAGGUUUAGAAAGGAUAGAUUAUUAUUUAUGGCAGACAGAUAAAGUUGCUCAUUAUAAAGAAACAAGGAAUUGUAUGAUUGGUUCGGAUUACUCCACUAAAUUCUCGCCAUGGCUGGCGCAUGGGUGUCUUUCACCUCGAUUUAUUUACUCAGAAAUUAAACGUUAUGAAAAAGAAAGAACAGCCAAUCAGUCAACAUAUUGGGUAUUAUUUGAACUAUUAUGGAGAGAUUAUUUUCGAUAUGUGGCCUUGAAAUAUGGAGACAAGAUAUUUUAUCCUGGUGGUAUUCAAGGUAAACAUAUUCCAUGGAAAACAGAUAAAAAUGCUUUCAAUGCAUGGAAAGAGAGUAAAACAGGGGUACCUUAUGUAGAUGCUAAUAUGAGAGAAUUAGCUGCUACCGGUUUUAUGUCCAAUAGGGGCAGACAGAAUGUUGCUAGUUUCUUAACCAAAGAUUUAAAAUUAGAUUGGAGAUUAGGAGCAGAGUGGUUUGAAUCCAUGUUGAUAGAUCAUGAUGUAUGUAGUAACUAUGGUAAUUGGUUAUAUAGUGCUGGUAUAGGUAAUGAUCCAAGAGAAGACAGAAAGUUUAAUAUGGUUAAACAAGGCUUAGAUUAUGACCCCAAUGGUGAUUUCAUACGAUUAUGGAUUCCUGAAUUGAAUAAAGUUAAAGGUGCUGAUGUACAUACGGUGUGGGCUUUAAGUAGUGCCGUCCUUUCACGUGCAGAAGUAGUGUUAGCUGAAACUUAUCCUAAACCAUUGUUAAUAGCGCCAGAAUGGGCCAAACACAUGGGAAAAAUUGGCAGUGGUGGUGGAUGUGGUAGAGGAGGAGGAGGUAGUAAAUUAAAACAACAAAAAGGAAUGGACUUUUACUUCAAAAAUUCACAACCCAGACAAUGAACCUAUUUAUUAUAUAGAAUGUGCAAUAUUUUACAUACUUGUAAUGUUAACGUUCUUACCUCCUUAUGCAUAGAUUAUGUAUAAUUAUAUAUACUGAUAUAUUUUUAUACGCCCACAUUUUCAUGUGGAUGUAUAUUGUCAUCGCUCCUGAGUUUGUUUGUGGACAUUUUUUAUCUGAUUUUGACAAAACUUGAAAUAUAGGUUUAUAUCCCAAACAUCCCGGUUCCUUUUGAUAUUGGCACGUAUUGGAGUUGGACCCUAAAUUCAUGGAUUAUUGCUCCUGAUUGUAUGAAAAAUCACAUCAAUACCUUGACUAAGUUUGAUAACGACCAGUUUCUGCUGAGGGUAAGCAGAGCGAUAAGCAGUGUUCAAACUUGAUGGUGUUCGAUGAUGAACAUUGUCUGCUUACGGUAAGCAGAGAUAAGCAAUUUGAUUGGUUGAUGCUUUUGGGCAGAUAAUUAAGUGAUAGCUAUGAAACUUCAAGUAUAGAUUCAUUAUAUCAUUACCAUGACUAAGUUUGAUGAGAAUUUUCUGCUUGCGCUAAGGAGCGAUAAGCAAUUUGAUUGGUCAAGACUUUGGAACAUAACAACUCUGCUUUUAAUUGAGGUAGAAUGUUUAAAUUUGAUGUGGAUGUUCAUUAGAUGAAUAUCUUGACUGAGUUCAAUGAUUAACAUUUCCCGCUAAAGCUAAGCAGAGCUAAGCAAUUUCUUUGAUUCUAUCGGGCCCAGUUGUUCAACUUGUGGUUAAAUUUAACGAUGUGGUUAAAUAAUUUAAACACAGGUUAUGUAACGAUUAGUUAAAUAUAUAACCUAUGGUUAAACGUAACCACAUGGUUAAAUUUAACUAAUAGUUGAACAACUGGGCCCAGAUAGAAUCAAAGAUAUUGCUUAGCUCUGCUUAGCUUUAGAGAGUAAUGAAACUAAGUGUAUGGUUGAUAAUCAGUUUGAUUGCUCGAUACUUUUGAAAAAGAUGAACGUGCAAUUAAUUAUUAUGUGUCAUCUAUUAUUUCAGGAUUUUGGCAGGGGACAUCAACCUCACUGUUGGCUUGUUUCUCAUAAAUUUAUCAUAAAAUGGAAAAAUAUCAUAAAAAAUAUAAAAUUUCAUUAAAUGAGCUGAAAAAUUUGUCCAAAUAUAAAAUUAACCAUAAAUUAUAAAUCAAUACUUUCAAUAAUAAAUUUCUAUACUAAUAAAUCCGAAUGUGAAUAAGAAAAUCAUCCAGGCCUUUUAUCUACCCCAGCUUGCUGCUCUCUUUCAUUUUCUAUUUGACAGUGUUCAGUCAAUGUUAUGUGGGUAUAUGAACAUAGGAGACUGCUACCAUUAAUACCACCAGUGCUACUGAUGGGUCCUUCUCAUCUGCAUAACACUGGCUGAACAUUACUUUAUGGACCAGAGAUAAGUUAUUUACUGUCAGUGCAGAUAUAAAAAAAAUUAUAAUAUUUGAUAAUGAUAAAAACAUAAAAAGUCAUGAAAUGUGAUGAAAACAUUAUAAAAAUAUCAUGAAAUUUGAUAAAAACAUCAUAAAAUAAUCAUAAAAUUUGAUUGUAAAAUAUAAAAUUCCACUAGAAGCUUUCAUAAAAAUAUAAAUUUUCAACAAUAAUUUUAACCCGAAUUUGAUCAAACUUGUAAUUUAUGUUUAUAACCCUAUGCCCCUGUUUAUAACCAUAUGCCCCUGUUUGUAUGAAAAAUCGCGUUUUUAGCUAGUGGUCCCUCUAAGAGUCACAAUUUUUAUCUGAUUUCGAAUUUUGUGAAAAUUGGGCCAAAAAUGGCCGCUCCUACUACAACGGUUGUGGACCCUUCCAGAGGUCACACUUUUUAUCCGAUUAUGAUCAAACUUAAUAAAAUACAUGUAUAUGUUUAUAUCCCAAACAUGUUGUGUGUCCUUUAGAUAUUUGCACAUAUCAGACUAUAACUUCAUGGAUUAUGGCCCCUGAUUGUAAGCUUGUGCACCGUCCGGAGGUCACAAUUUUUAUCGGAUUUUAAAAAACAUUCAAAUAAAACAACGUUAAACCCUAAUGAUGGUUGAAUUAGAAUUGCGUGAAAAUCGGAGCGAAAAUGGAUGCUCUUCAUAAGUUAAUAGUGUAAAAGUAUGUAAUACCAAGGUUGCAAGUGUACCCUCAAGAGGUCACAAUUUUUUUCCAAUGUUAAUGAAACUUAAAAAAUAGGUUUUUAUCCAAAAGAUCUUGGUUCAUGUGGAUAUUCGCACAUAUUGGACUGUAACUUCAUGGAUUAUGGCCCCUGAUUGUAUGAAAAAUAUAGUUUUUAGCUUGUGAAUCCAUUUUAUGCGAUUUUGAUGAAACUUGAAAUACAUCCGAAAGAUCUCGGUUCUUUUCGAUAUUGGCAUGUAUCAGACCGUAACUUCCUGGAUUAUGGUCCCUAGAUGUCACAAUUUUUAUCUGAUUUACAAAAAUGUUUAAAUGUAUAAUCCUUACACCAUAAUGACAGUUGAGUUUUCAUUUUCUGAAAAUUGGACCAAGAGUGCCCAAUAAAGUGGCCGCACCCUGCACGCAAAUAGUGUAAAGUAUGUACCGGUAAUACCAAAGUUGUGGACCAUCUAGAGGUCACAAAUUUUAUCCAAUAUUGAUGAAGCUUAAAAUCUAUGUUGAUAUCCCAAAAAUCUGGGUUCCUUAAGAUGCUUGCUCAUAUUGGACCCUAACUUCUUGGUUUAUGUACCAUGAAAAUCCUUUUGUCUUUGCAGCUUUUUCUCUGUGCUUGGCAAACACUCGUCUCUGUAUUUUUAUACCCCCACACUUGUCCCACACAGCCACACCCACCAGUUUUUGUGUGUGACUUUGUGUUGCCUACAGACGGCAAUUCUUAACAGAUCCUUUUGAAAAUUUGAAUACGUAUUCCUUAUAAGUUAUACUCUAAGGAUGUUUCCCUUUCGUUUUUGGUGAAAUUCCCGACCCCAGGGGUAGUGUCAUUCCCAAUUUUUCUGAAUGGAUUGACUUGGAACUUGGUAUACUUAUUCCUUAUACCCUAAGGACGGAAUUAUUGAUUUUGGUGCAUGAUCUCUACCCCCCCCCCCCCCCCGGAGGUGCCACACCCACUUUUUGUUAAUAUUUCGUUUGUAAAUAAUCUACAGGUUGCAAUUAUUAACAUAUUUGGAUCCGAUUCACUAUGAUCCAUCAUAGGAUUGUACCUAUUUAUAUUGGUCGAUGUCCAACCCCCAUUGGCAGAGUCUUCAUUUUAAAAAGUACCAUAUCAAUCAAAGCAGGAAUGUGGAUGUAUAUUGCAGCAGUAAUGAUGCUCUUGUUUGUAUAUACAUGUAGUAUAAUAUAUAUUAUCUGUAAUAAAUGU